AUGUAUGUGAAAGAUUUCAUAAUCUUGAGGUAGAAAAUACUUAAGUAAAAAAACCCAGAAACCAAGAAAAAUCAUGAAACUCGUGUUAAAAUUUGGAAUCCAGCAAUCGCAUAGCUUACUCUAAUGGUCUUUGCAACCAGUGCACCAAUCAUAGUCAUGAAUGUCAUUGAAAGCGUAUAAAUCAUAUCUAACGAAGUCUCAUACUAUAACAUUCUGAGUUAAUAUAUGGGUUUUACUGCUGUAAUUGGUUUCUCAGCUUUUAGCGUAUUGAUUUAAACAGCCAUAGCUAUAUAUGCGCCUACUAAAGAAAAAGAUGUUGUAAGUUCAUUAUUGGAUUUAUCUGUAAAUAGAACGAAAGAAGAGAUUUAUCAGUGGAAAGAGGAGUAAAGAAGAUUAAUUACCUAGGUCAUUAUCUAUGGCUAUGAUAAAUUCAGAGAAAUGAGAAUAAAGCGCAAACUGAUGGCAGAGGAAUCAUUGGAUCAAACUGUUUUAAUUUAGAAAUAAUUUGAAGAAAACAAAAGAAAAAAGAGAAAACCACUAUUUGAGGAAAAAGAUAAUCCCGAUAAAGAAAUAGAUAAAUCAAUAAAAUAUAGCACUAUAGAAUUCUUUAGAGUCUUAGUAUCUGAAAAGAAGGGAGCCCCUUUAAGAAAUUAUGAUGAUCAAAGAAAAAGAAAAGAGAUGAAGGAAUAUCUAAUGAAAUUUUUGAAGACAGAUGAUAUAGAAUAAGUUACCUACAAUGAGUUGAAAAAAUAGCUUGAAGGAGAUUCCCUUAUAGGCAGAAUCCCAUAUAGAUAAUGGUUCGGCAAUCUAAUGUAAAUAAGGAGAGAAAUUGUUACCAGAUAAGGAAUUGACAACAAGAGAGCUGAGAUGAUGCUCUUAGAUUAGAAAGAGCAUGCAUAUUUUGGCUUUAAAUGUGGAAGCUAUUCAGUUAAUGAAGCAAAGGGAUUUGUUGAAGUAGAAAUACUUAACAAAAAGAAACAAUAAGCUAGUAUUGGAAUAAGAACUAUAAAUGGCACAGCUAAAGCUGGUGAAGAUUUCGAGAAAGUAGAGAGGACAUUAAAAUUUAAGAAGGAUCAAGAGUCUUAUAAAGUCCCAAUAAAAAUUAUGGAUAACGAAGAAUGGGAACCAGAUGAAGAAUUUUCAGUAGAAUUAUUUGAUGUUAAGACAGGAUACGCGAUAAAAGGAAAGGAUGUAAGAUCUAAAAUAACAAUCAUCGAUGAUGAUAACCCAGGUGUUUUGAGCUUUGAAUUUCCUCAAAAAAGAAUUUUGGCAUCUGAACCUGAGGCAAAAAUAACAGUAGUGAGAAAGAAUGGAUGCAAAGGAGUAAUUAGUUGUAGAUUCAAAACUGUUGAUGUAGAAGAAAGAGAUAAAAGAGCUAUCCCUAAUGAAGACUAUGAGAAAACUGAGGGAAUAGUAGAGUUUAAAUCUUCUGAAAUCUCUUAGUAAAUUACAAUAAAACUAUUAAAUAAGAGAUAAUAUGACCCAGAUUAGACUGGAAUGAUGUUUGGACUAAAAAUAUUUGAUCCAUAGCCCAAAGGAAUAGUAAAGAUAACAAUGAAAGAUACAUGCCAGGUCAAAUUAGAAUUAGAUAAUGAAUUUUAACUUAGAUAGGAGGCCCUUGAUUAAUUCCUCUGGACUAUUGAAAGGUAGGCCAAUCGAAGUUGGGAAAGUCAGAUAAAACAGGCAAUAAUGCUUCAUCCUACUUUAAAUCUUGACGGCACUGUUGAUGAUGUAACUACAGGGGAUGCUGUUGUUCAUUUUGUCACAAUAUUUUGGAAAUUUACCAUGGCACUGAUUCCACCUCCUCAUAUUUUCAGAGGAUGGCCUGCAUUUUUCUUAUCUUUGACUGUAAUAUGUUUUCAGAUGUUGAUAAUCCUUGAAUUCGCUGGAUUAUUUGGAUGCAACACAGAAUAUGGAGGUUACAUGACUUCUCUUACUAUAAUUUCAAUAGGUGUCUCUAUCCCAGACUUAAUUGCAACAUAUUAAGCUGCUUAGCAUAGUAAAUAUGCCGAUAACUCUAUCAUGCAAUUUCAAUGUUCAUUGAUGGUGAUUAAUUAGUUGUCUAAGUAUCUCUAUUCUUAGGAGCAUACUUAUUAUGCCUAAUAUUGCUCUUGGUAAGAAGAUUAUGCAUUGGAGGUGAGAUUGGAGGAUCAAUUAAACUUUGGAAAAUACUGUCAUCUUUAUUUUUGA